GCUGUAUCUACUUAGUUACCCAAUUCUAGCCUAUAUUAAUGUAAUAUUCGAACGCUGUUGUAAUUACUGUGAAAUCAGAUUUAGCAAGAUCAAUCAACUGCAGGAUAUUGCGACGUCGGGAAUGCCAGCGAAAUAAUAAAAAGACAUGACGCAAGUGCCGGUUGUGUAUUUGACCAGGAAAGAAACAAUAUCUGCUUGCCAUCGCCUUCAUAGCCCACACUUGACCGACGAGCAGAACGCAGCAGUUUACGGAAAGUGUAACAAUUUUUGGGGGCACGGACACAAUUACACCGUGGAGGUCACAGUGCGAGGUCCUGUGGAUGAAAAAACUGGAAUGGUAAUGAAUAUUUCCGAUUUGAAAAUUUAUAUGAAAAAUGUGUUGAUGGAUAAAUUAGAUCAUAAAAAUUUGGAUAAAGAUGUGCCGUAUUUCAAGCACGUUGUUUCAACAACAGAGAAUGUAGCUAUUUUUGUCUUCGAUGAAUUGAAGAAAGAAAUGCCCAAACCUGAUUUAUUGUAUGAGGUAAAAAUAUAUGAAACUGAUAAAAAUAUUGUAAUUUAUAGAGGCGAAUAAUUAUUGGAGCCAACCGAUAAGAGUUCGUUUUAUAAAGGGGCGCAUAUGCCUAUGUGCAUAUGAAAUAAUAUAUUUUCGAGAACAUUACAGUAAUCACAGAUCAACAAUUUAAGUACGUUAUUACUUAAUCAAUGAUAUUAAGAAAUUUUUCCUAUUAUCUUGCGCAAAGUUCGAUUUUGCGCAUGCAUUUGCGUUCGCAAAGUACCACUUUCCCACACGUUGACAAAAACGUGCGGGAAUGCAACUGAGCGAACGGGGAUGUAGCUGAGCGUGCGGGAAUGUAUAAGAGUAUACGAGCGAUUCCAAGGUAUAUACGCGCGCGCCAUCUCUGCGGCACUCUCUUAGCGUUAACGCGUGCGAGCGAUACUUUGAAGUUCGUUAAAAUAUACCGUUUCGUUUUGUAAAUUGUCACGUUACGAUAAAUAUUAAUAAUAAUUUAAAAUAAUAAAUAAAUCAGAUUUUUCUUAAUUUAAUAAAUUUAUAAUAGUUCUAUAAUUUGUUUUUUUGUUUUGGCCCGCCCAGCACCCCGACGCCGCCGUUCUAUACGUUUCAAUUAUUCAAAAUAAUUGUACUGGUCGGACUCUGCGCAACUUAAUAGGAAAAAUAGUAUACGUACUAUUACAUUCCGAAUUUAGCAUUACAUCUAUUUCGUAUUCCAAUUGUUCGCACUUACGAUUAGUGUUAUACGUCAUAUAAGUAUGCUACAUGUAACAAUUAUACUGUAUUAUCAUAUAGCUUUACAUAUGUUGUAUAUUUUUGGUAUAUACUUCUAUCACAUGCUCGAAUGCUCAUAAAAUGCUGUUUUCGAGUCUAUUUACCUAUAAAUGCGUGUAAAAUACAAUUGCGCACAUAAAAUCUUUGUAAUCCUCAACAAUCAGUCGCAGGUAUAAAAAAUUUCCGACAGCAAUUUCGCUGAUUAUUACAUUUCUAAAAGCUCAUUUCAAAUUGAUAAAGUAACUGCACCUUGCAUUA